GCUGAAAAGUUGCUUGUAACUUAGUUUUUUCUUAAUUCAAGUGUACUAAGAUAUUUGCCCUAAAAUCUCGACCAAAAGUACCUGGUAAGACGAACAACUGAAAAACAUGAAGAAACUCCCAGUGAUGCCAACUGAAGGACCGGUUCUGCAGAGGUUGGACCACACCUAAAUCUCACCUUCAUCAGUGGAAGAGCUGAUUUCAUUCCUCUCUGUCAAGCAGAUUCGUAAACGACGGGUCCGACGCAGUUCUGAAAAUGCCUCUUCCAACUCACCGUCAGUGCACCGUGGAGAUUCAGAAUAAGAGCUCCAGCUUGAAGUUAUGUGAGCCGCUGGUUUAUGUCUUUAAGGGAAACUGUGAGUCCCCUCUGCCUCCAACUCUCUCUCCAUCAGAAUCUGGCAGUGCUCUCUUCAUCAAGAAAGUCUACACAGCGAGCGGCUCAGCGGGGGUCUUCAUGUACAACAUCGUCCAGAAGUCCAACGACGAGAUCAAGGGCCGGCUGGCCGUCAUGUUCUCCGUUCCCUUUGACUUCAACAUCUUCUUCAACUGGUACGCCGUGGGAAUCUUCAGCAAAGACAAGCUGUGCGAUAAUGACCUCUACAAUGAAAUGUACUACGCCGCCCAGAACGACUUCAUCCGGGGAAAAGCCAACGGGCCCAGUUUGACCCACAAAAAGGGUGAAAUGACCAUCAGGGCCAGCAUGUCCGACAGCUUCAAGCCGGUUCUGAAGUUGGAGCUUUGCGACGACUGAGACCGGCUGCUUCUGUUGGUCCAGUUAAACCAGUACCAGCACCAUCUGGUUUUAUUUAACCAAGUUUAACCACAGAAGGCUGCUUCUUUCAUAUCUUAUCCAGUUUAUCCCACUGUAACCUGUUCAACAAAUGUCAACUUUGAAUAAAUUACUAUCAAAUGAAA